CGGGGUUUUGCAGGGGACGCUGUGAAAUUGUGAGUUCACCACCAAGGAUCAAGCAUGUUUUUGCAAAGACUGAUGGUCUAUUUAUCGACAGUAUGCCUGUUUUGCUAUAUGAUAGGACUCACUCUUAUAAUCAGUAUCAUGCAUUUUAUUUCGCCAAGCCUCUACAAGAAGGCGAUCCUCAGAAUGGGUGAAAAGACGACCAUGACCCAGAAUCCCAACUUUAAGUAUGAGGAUUGGGGUCUGACAUUUACCUCUAUAAGCUUCCUUAAAACCGUGUCUCAGCACAUGUGGCUGUCUCUCGGACAAGAGGCUUUUGAAGGAGGAGAGGCUCCGGACUCACCUGUUGUCAACAUGGAGGGAAAGAAAACAAGUGUCUGCAAGUACUUGAAAGACAACAGACCGCUGGUGUUGAGUUUUGGAAGCUGCACCUGACCCCCGUUUAUCUACAAACUUGAGGAGUUCAAGCAACUCGUCAAGGACUUCAGCGAUAUAGCUGACUUUCUUGUGGUCUACAUCGCCGAGGCACAUUCAACAGACGGUUGGGCUUUUACCAACAACUUUGACAUCAACCAGCACCGGAGCCUGGAGGAGAGGCUGUCUGCAGCCCAGAUCCUGGUUCAGAAGGAGCCCCUGUGUCCGGUGGUUGUGGAUGAAAUGAACAAUGUCACUGCCAUAAAGUAUGGCGCUCUGCCCGAGAGGCUUUACAUGCUGCAGGCUGGGAAAGUUGUCUACAAGGGUUCGAGAGGGCCUUGGGGCUACAAUCCACUGGAGGUGCGUUCGUUCCUGGAGAAAAUGAAAUAAGGACGGUGUCAAGCCAUGCCAGAUUUGCCAUCUGACCAGUCUUAAAUGAAGGGGGUCUCUGUUAAGUAGGGGAUAGGGGUGUCAACAUUGUAACCAACAUAUAUUACUGAUAUAACACAAUAAUACCAUUUGUUUUGUUUUUUUUUUAAAUCAGACUCACAUCAGUACACUGUCACAUCAACACGCAGUUCUAUAGCUGUUCUCUCUUACAUCAACCUUUGCAUGUGUGGAAAUAGUACAAACCCUCUGAACCUGCACUAAUGUUGCCUUCAGGCUCUGCUGUACUCCGAAAACCUAUCUCAACUGUCAGUCUUUUGAGCUUGAACCCGCCUCUCAGUGUUUCUAAGUGACAGCUGCAGAUAAAACCGUCGGCGUCUGUAGCCAGAUGAAGCGAAACACAGAGAGACAGUCGUCAUAAUUCCAAACCGUAAGGUUUAAGUCAAUGAAAGCACUUGUUUUCCCACUUCUCUUGCAGUUAUCAUUAUGUAUACCAUCAGCAUUGUAAACUCUAUUAAUCACCAAGGUUUCCUGUUGUUUAUGAAUGCUCCAAAGUGAUUUCACAGGAGGCUGCUUUUCAUGAUGAUUACAGUACAAACCUCUGGUAACUGUUAUCUGAUGAAAGAUGACUUAAAAGUAGGCCUCCUCUGAAUUAUGUAGGAGCAUUUAUGAUUUUCCGCAUUUCAUGCAUAAUACGCAUCUUGUUAAACAAUCUGCAUAUCUUUUUGACUGCUCUUAUAUCACAAUGAAACAUAUUUUGAAUGUUUGCAUUAUAGUAUAAUAAAGAAUAACCUGAGAAGA